AUGCCUGCCUGUGAAGUUGAUCUCGUAGGAGGGCAAUGUUUGACUGGAGUUAGGCGAUUUAUUGAUGAAGUGAAAGUAAGCAAAAUGCCGUUUCAGGUUAUUUCUUACAAUUGGGAAGAAGUGCAAACACCGUUGACAAUAUCUGUUUGGUUACUUAUGGCGAGUAUCGCGAAAAUAUUUUUUCAUUUAUCCAAGAAAAUCUCCGACGUAUUUCCGGAUUCUUCACUGCUGAUUAUAGUCGGAUUAAUACUCGGCGUUGGACUGAAGUUAUACCACGUGAAUGAUAGUGUUUUUUCGUUAUCGUCGAAUGUUUUCUUCCUUUAUCUAUUACCUCCAAUCAUCUUUGAUGCAGGAUAUUUUAUGCCGAAUCGUGCACUCUUCGAAAAUUUCGGCUCAGUACUGAGCUUCGCUGUGUUUGGCACAGUAUGGAAUACAUUUGCAAUUGGUGCAUCGUUGUAUGCGUUAGGAGAGUUUGGCAUAUUUUCGGUGCAAUUCUCAAUAUUCGAAAUCUUUUUGUUCUCGGCGCUUAUCAGUGCUGUGGAUCCAGUGGCUGUUAUUGCUGUCUUUGAAGAGAUACACGUUAAUGAAGUACUUUUUAUUACUGUGUUUGGCGAGGCGCUCUUUAACGAUGGUAUUACUGUGGUGUUGUAUCAAAUGUUCAAAAAGUUCACGCUGAUUGGACCUGAUAAGCUGAUCCCAAUUGAUUACGUGGCUGGCGGUGUGAGUUUUUUCGUGAUCGGUUUAGGUGGUGCUGCUAUCGGAUUGGUGUACGCUGUAAUUGUCAGUUUUAUCACAAAAAUUGUUGCGUGUGGAAUGGCGAUGAAACAAUACGUGAAAGGUAAUAUCUCGAAUACGGCAAUCGCAUCCGUCAAAUACUUCACAAAGAUGCUGGCACAAGCAUGUGAAACGGUCAUCUUCAUGUUCUUGGGAUUGUCAACGAUCUCCAGUCAUCACCACUGGGAUUUGGCAUUUAUCGCGCUCACAAUUGUCUUUUGCAUGAUCUAUCGAUCGAUCGGUGUGGUAGUGCAAUGCGCAAUUCUGAAUCGUUUCCGAAAGAAGCACUUCUCACCGGUGGAUCAGUUUGUGAUGGCAUACGGCGGAUUGCGAGGUGCGAUCGCAUUCGGUCUAGUUGUGUCGAUGCCCGAGCAGAUUCAAGCAAAAAGCAUGUUCAUCACUGCUUGCAUUGCGGUCAUCUAUUUCACCGUAUUCUUACAGUAUUUCGAUUAUACAAUGGCCGGUGUAGAGGAUAUUGCUGGACAAAAGGGACACAAUUCAAUUCGUGACACUUUCGAACGUCUGAAUGCGACGAUUCUACGACCACUAUUAAUGCGUAAUGAGAAGAGGCGACGAUUCGAUGCGUCCAAAAUAGUUCGAGCCUACACCAAGAUCACUCUCAAAGAGGCAAUGGAGGUUGCGAGCAAUGGAAAACGAUCACGGGAGGAGAUUGAACCAAGACGAGUACACCUUGCAACUGGGCAACUAGAUGCGAGUGGAAUCGACAAUGCAUCGUAUCAAUCUGACGGAGGGGCAACCACGUCGUUGGGACAACGAGAAGUGGCUCUUAGGGAUGAACUCGCCAAGUAUAUGUCAUCACGAGAGAACACAGAGGCGUUAUAUACGAUGUUCAGCGAGUUGUUAGAGCGUAAACUUCGUGAAGCUCAAGCCACGUCGACUGAUGACAAUUCAUCAGAUGACAUCGAAGAUGACUAUAUGCGAGAAAUUAUUGGACCGAAUCUUACGGUUCCCACUCCUGGUGCUCCUGAGGAAGGUCGACAGGCGGCCCGUAAAGCAUCACGAUCAUUGGCAAGCGUCUAUUCGGUAGAUAUGGAGAUGGGAAGACGAAGACCAGUUUCUCGCAGUCGAAGUGUGGGUCAAGUGAAUAGGACAAACGUCUGA